UUAAAUGUGAUAUUUGUAAAAUAAAUAUAUCUUGUAAUCAAGAUAUAGAAUGGGAGUAUAUAACCGUAGAAACGGCUGAUGAAGUUAUGCUGUGUGAAGAUGUGGCUGACAGUAAACGUCUAAAAAAUUGGAAUAGAUGGCUUAAAAAAAGAAAACAACAGAAUAAAUACCUCGGCUUGAUGAAAUCAAAACAUCAAAUAAUGGAAAAAUAAUUUCAUCUAUGAAUUCUCAUAAUGAAAAAUUCAACCGACUGGACAAAAGAUUUGAUGAUUUAUUUAAAAACUUCUCUAUUCUAAUGGAGGAAAAUCGAAAUCUUAAAAAAAAAAAUUCAAAUAUUGAAGAAAGUGUAUUAUGUAUAGAAAAUAAUAAAACACAAAUCCAACAUUCUUCAUUUGAACACGAUAUCAUCGAAGAGUUAAUGGAUAGACAAGUUAGAUCGAAUAAUAUAAUAUUAUUUAAUCUACCUGAAAGUGAUAAUGAAAAUGACUUGGAAAAUAUUAAAUAUAUUUUUACUGAGCUGAACGAGAAUAUCGAAAACUUUAAAUUUUCACGUCUUGGAAGAACAAAAUCCACUACUCAUGAUAGACCACGGCCCAUAAAAAUUCAUCUUGCAGAGCAGUCAGAUGUAUUCACUAUUCUACGAGCACGAAAAAUCUUGAAAAGUUCAACAAAAUGGUCGAAUAUUCACUUUUCUUCAGACAAAACAACAAAGCAGCGAGAUGAAAUGGCAAAUCUCAGAAACACAUUGCAAAAUCGCAGAGAAAAAGGUGAACAAGAUUUAAUUAUCAGAUACGUCGAAGGCAUCCCAAAAAUCAUUAGCAUUACAAAAAACUGAAAAAUACACCACCCACUAGCUUAAAUUUUUACUAUCAAAACGCCCGUAGCUUAAAUAAUACACUGUCGUAUUUGAAAUCUCAAAUCCCGUGUGCAUUACACGAUGUUUUUAUAUUCACUGAAACCUGGCUAACAGAUAAUGUUAUGUCAUCGGAGUUGGGUUUUCAUAAUUAUGAUAUAUUAUACAGAUACCUAUGAUAGGACAACCCAAACAAGCGCAUUAUCUAGAGGCGGCGGUGUACUUAUCGCCGUUCGGAAUAAUUUUCAUUCAAAGCUUAUCCUGAUUGAAAAUAAUUGUAUAGAAUUAUUAUUUGUACUUUUAAACAUUUCUAAUCUCGCUAUUAUAUUAUUGGUUCUGUGUAUAUCCCAAAUAAAUCUAAUGAAAAUUUAUAUAUAAUUCUUAUUUCGAUUAUAUCGAAUCACUGUAUAAAAAAUACCAUAAUGCUAUCUUCUUACUGUUUGGCGACUUUGACCUACCAUCAGCAAAUUUUUCAAACGUAUACGCUUAUUUUGAUGAUGAUAAAUUAGCAUUUUUAAAUCUCUCUCAAUUAAAUUGUAUAAAAAAUAAUAAAAACACUAUCCCGGAUUACGUCUUAGCAAAUUCUACUGCUAUUGAUGUCGAUUUAUGUAUUAAUCCAAUUAUGCCUAUUGAUCAUUGAUGUAUUUCACCCUCCAAUAACUGUUACCAUUACACAUUAUAUAACAAAUUAUCUACCUUGUAACGAUUAUACGUAUAAUUGGCGUGCAGGUGAUUACAUCUCUAUUGUAAAAUAUUUAGGACAUAUUGAAUUUAUAGAUUAUUUUAAUGAAAAUAGUAUCGACAAAUGUUUGGAUUUAUUUUAUUAUCACAUUCGUUAUAAUAUUAUGGAUCGCUUUAUUCCUAAAAUUCAAAUUUACGAAUUCAACUAUCCGAAAUGGUUUAGUAAGGAAAUAAAAAUUAAUUUAAGACAAAAAAAAAUAGCUCAUAAUAUUUAUAAAUACUCAAACAACAUAAAAAAUUAUCAGACCUUUUCUAAUAUACGUGCAAAAUGUAAACACUUAAGGCAUCGUGAUUAUUCAUUGUACAUACAAAUCUCACAAAACGCGGUUAAAUCAAAUCCAAAAUCAUUUUCGUAAAUGAAAAUAAUAAAAAUAAUCACAAAUUACCAAACACUAUGUCAUACCUAGAUAAAGAAGUUAAUAAUGGUAACGAUAUUGUAAAUUUAUUUAAAGAAUACUUUUCUAACACAUAUUUCGCAAAUGAUAUAACUUGCCCACAAAUCAAUUUAAAAGAAAAUAACAUCGGAGCUAUUAAAACAAUCGAAUUAAAACAAAUAGAUAUUUUCAACGAACUUUGGAAUAUUAGUUAUAAAACAGCAAUUGGUCCUGAUGAAAUC